UUCCCCAAGUGUUCCCAACAUCGACGAGUUUCCAUAGUGAAAAUAUGGGUGACAACGUGGUUGAAGGAGUGAAAAAUAUUGAGCUUGGCAAAGCGGACAAGGCAUGAUUCGAAUAUUUCUUUUUUAUAAUUUACGCACACAUAUCAAGUAAAAUGUUGAGAGUUUUACGUUCAAAUAGUAAAAAAUUACCUGCGAUCCAUCAAACUUAUGCGACGUUGGCUGCCAAGAUGAAAAAGGAGAAGAAAUCCAAUGCUGGAGAUAAAUCUUCUGUGGCUGAAUUAAAACCUUUGCCUUCUUACAUUGAGGAGAGGUUAACCAUCUGGGAUAAGUUGAAAUCCCAAUAUGUUGAAGAACUUGCAAACAAACCACAAAAUCCAUUGAAAGUUACUUUACCAGAUGGAAAGGAAAUUGAGGGUACUACAUGGAAAACCACUCCAUAUGAUGUGGCCAAAGGCAUUAGUCAAGGUUUAGCUGACAAUGCAGUUAUAUCAAAAGUUAACAAUGUUUUAUGGGAUUUGGACAGACCAUUGGAAGGGGACUGUAAACUUGAGUUAUUGAAGUUUGAUGAUCCAGAAGCACAGGCUGUUUUCUGGCAUUCAUCUGCACAUAUCUUGGGUGAAGCCAUGGAAAGGAUCUAUGGUGGGUGCUUAUGUUAUGGACCCCCCAUUGAAUCUGGAUUUUACUAUGACAUGUUUUUGGAUGAUAAGGGAAUUUCCAACACUGAUUUCCCACAGGUUGAGCAGUUGAUUAAAGGAAUUGUGAAAGAGAAGCAACCAUUUGAGAGACUUGAAAUGAAAAAGGAAGAUCUUCUGGAGAUGUUCAAAUACAAUCCUUUCAAAGUCAGGAUCUUGAAUGAAAAGGUUAACACACCAACAACAACUGUAUACAGGUGUGGUCCUUUGAUUGAUCUGUGCAGGGGUCCCCAUGUAAGACAUACAGGAAAAGUCAAGGCUCUUAAAGUUACUAAGAGCUCAUCCACUUACUGGGAAGGCAAGGCUGAUGCUGAAACUCUCCAGAGGGUUUAUGGAAUAAGUUUUCCAGAUAGUAAGCAACUGAAGGAAUGGGAGAAAUUCCAAGAAGAAGCUGCUAAGCGUGACCAUAGGAAACUUGGAAGGGAACAAGAAUUAUUCUUCUUCCACGAACUUUCACCUGGAUCCUGCUUCUUCCAACCACGUGGAGCUCACAUCUACAACACCCUUAUUGAAUUCAUCAAGAAGGAAUACAGGAAGCGCGGUUUUCAAGAAGUCGUUUCACCGAACAUUUACAAUGCAAAACUAUGGCAGACUUCCGGCCAUUGGGCGCAUUAUGCUGACAACAUGUUUUCGUUCGACGUUGAAAAAGAUAAAUUUGCGUUGAAGCCCAUGAAUUGCCCUGGUCAUUGUUUGAUCUUCGAUACUCGUAUCAGAUCGUGGCGCGAAUUGCCGUUGCGACUUGCGGAUUUCGGUGUUCUUCACAGGAAUGAAUUAUCCGGUGCUUUGACCGGUUUGACACGAGUCCGCAGAUUCCAACAGGAUGAUGCUCACAUUUUCUGCGCUGUCGAGCAAAUCAGACAGGAAAUUAAAGGCGCUCUCGAUUUCCUCAAGCACGUCUACGGCAUCUUCGGGUUCACUUUCAAUCUGUGCUUGUCUACAAGGCCGGAAAAGUAUUUGGGUGACCUGCAAGAUUGGAAUUCCGCCGAGAAAGCGUUGGAGGACAGUUUGAUUGAAUUCGGUGAACCCUGGAAGCUGAAUCCAGAGGAUGGAGCCUUUUACGGUCCAAAAAUCGAUAUUACUAUUAUGGAUGCUCUUAAGAGGUCGCACCAGUGUGCAACCAUCCAAUUGGAUUUCCAAUUGCCAAUAAGAUUCAAUCUCUCUUAUGUCAGUGAAAGCGGAGAAAAGAAGAGGCCCGUCAUCAUUCACAGGGCCAUUCUUGGAUCAGUGGAAAGGAUGAUCGCCAUUCUAACAGAAUCUUAUGCCGGAAAAUGGCCAUUCUGGUUGUCUCCCAGACAAGCUAUGGUUAUUCCGGUAGGUCCAAACUUCGAUGAAUAUGCCCAAGAAGUUAAAAAGAUCCUCUUCGAUGCUGGAUUUAUGUGCGAAGUUGAUACGGAUGCUGGAGAUACUAUGAACAAGAAGAUCAGAAACGCGCAAUUGGCUCAAUUUAACUUCAUUUUAGUUGUCGGAGAGAAGGAGAGGUCCAGUAAAACGGUAAAUGUUCGUACCAGAGACAACGUAGUACACGGGGAAAUAUCAGUUGAUGAUCUUAUUACCAAAUUCAGUAACUUGAGGGACAACUACGUGAAAACCGAAGACGCUAUCUAAGUGACAAUGCAUUCCUCAAAAACUUAGAACAGCUUAAGUUUAAUCUAAUUUAUUUAUUAAUUAUAUUCGCAUUUACUUACGUUUACUUGUUAAUCUGUAGGAGGUUAGUUGAAAUAUAAUUAUUAAUAGUUAA